AUGUCCGUCUCCCGCGCCUUCGCCCGUGUCGCCCGCGCGGAGCUGUGGCCGCGUUACUGCCUCGCGCGCGCCACGGUGGCCGAAGAGGGCGAGGCGGCGGCGGUGGCGGCGGUGGCGGCGCGGCUGGUACGCGAGGCGGGCAGCGCCGAUGCGCCGCGAAACGCGGCGAGCAGCCUGGCGCGCUGCAUGAGUGCGUGCCCGGGCGUGAUACGCAUGUGCUCCAACGCGCUGCGAGUGAACGCCGAGCCGUUCCAGUGGCCCCGCUGGGCCGGGAAAGACGCAAUAAAGUUCUGGAGCGAGACGGAGGAGGAAAGCGGUGCAGACAGGGGAAUUGUUGGCGCGGGAGGCGGCAAGGGCGUCAAUCCUCACGUCAGUGAUUCGUGUGCGCUGUGCUGCGCCCUCCCCACUCGGCUCUUUUUGGGCGAGUGCUUCCUCCCCGCCUCUCCUUUCCGCCCCUCGCCGCACUUUUGGAUGAGGUGGAAGGGGACGAAAGGGGGAAAGCUAGGGAGGAAGGAGCGCAGGAGGGCGCAUCUUGCAUCUUGCGUCUCAUACCGUACCCUUUCUCCCUCUCAUACCUCUCUCCCUCUCAUACCUCUCUCCCUCUCAUACCUCUCUCCCUCUCAUACCUCUCUCCCUCAUACCUCUCACCUCUCAUACCUCUCUCUCUCUCAUACCUUCUCCCUCUCAUACCUCUCUCCCUCUCAUACCUCUCUCCCUCUCAUACCUCUCUCCCUCUCAUACCUCCUCCCUCUCAUACCUCUCUCCCUCUCAUACCUCUCUCCCUCUCAUACCUCUCUCCCUCUCAUACCUCUCACCCUCUCAUACCUCUCUCCCUCUCAUACCUCUCUCCCUCUCAUACCUUCUGCCUCUCAUACCUCUCUCCCUCUCAUACCUCUCUCCCUCAUACCUCUCUCCCUCUCAUACCUCUCUUCCUCUCAUACCUCUCACCCUCUCAUACCUCUCUCCCUCUCAUACCUCUCUCCUUCAUACCUCUCUCCCUCUCAUACCUCUCUCCCUCUCGUACCUCUCUCCCUCUCAUACCUCUCUCUCUCUCUCUCGUGCCUCUCUCCCAAUGCGUGGCUGCAGAUUUCACAGGAUGCUGCAAGGCUUGCCGUUUGCUCCAAGCGCAUGCCCCUUUUGCCAUGA